AUGGCUGAUGGAUUAUCCAAGGAUAAAAAAAGCAGUUUAAAAAUGUUGCCCAGUUUUGUUCGAUCAACACCCACUGGAAAAGAAUCGGGCGACUAUUUAGCACUGGAUAUUGGUGGAACCAAUUUUCGCGUUUUGCGUUGCAGCUUAAAUGAUGGCCAAAUUCAAACCAAUGCCGAGGUUUAUCCUAUGAGCUCUGAAGUGAUGACAGGGACAGGUCGUGACCUCUUUGCUUUUAUUGCUGAUUGUAUCAAAAGCUUUUUGCAAAAAUAUGAUAUCAAAGGAAGCAACAUACCACUAGGCUUUACGUUUUCAUUCCCAUGCACCCAACAUAGCUUGAACAGAGCUACCUUAAUCACUUGGACUAAAGGCUUUACUGCAAGUGGCGUAGAGGGUGAAGAAGUUGUUCAACUCUUGCAAAAUGCUUUAGCUGAGAGAUGUCCGGACUUUAAAGUCAACGUUGCCGCCAUUGUCAACGAUACUGUAGGCACAUUAAUGGCUAGCGCCUACGAAAAUCCAAAGUCUGUCAUUGGCUUAAUCAUCGGUACUGGCACUAAUGCGUGCUAUAUGGAGCAGUUAGAUGCUGUAGAAAAAUGGACUGGCGACCGUGAUGACCCAAAACAGGUGAUCAUAAAUAUUGAAUGGGGAUCUUUCGGAGAUCAUGGACAUUUGGAUAAUAUCCGAACUGGCUUCGACAGAGAAAUCGAUGAACAUUCUCUAAAUCGUGGCAAAAAUACCUUUGAAAAGAUGAUAUCUGGUAUGUACUUAGGUGAAGUUGUCCGCUUGGCUGCAUUACUCCUUGUUAAAGAUGGUGCCCUCUUUAAUGGCAAUGCCGGUGAUAAAUUUAAUAUUCGUGAAAGCUUUGAAACUCGUUAUGUAUCCGAGAUCGUAGGGGAAAAUGGUGCAGCUAAUGCUCGCGAAAUUUUAAAGGAUAAAUUUGGUAUUGACGCUAGUGAAAGUGAUGUCGAUACAAUAGUCAAAUUAUGUAACGCAGCAUCGGUACGCGCUGGUCGUUUAGCAGCAACUGGAAUAGCCGCUAUUUUGUUAAAGAUCAAUGAAACCAAGGAUCGUAUUGUGGCCGUUGAUGGUUCUGUAUACAAGAAACAUCCAACUUUUGCCAAAAUCAUGUCUGAUACUCUAAGCGAGCUCAUUCCAGGUAACACAAUAUCAUGGGUACUUGCAGACGAUGGCUCUGGUGUUGGAGCAGCUAUGGUUGCUGCUGUUACUAAAGUCUAA